AAGUUGACAAUUCCAAAUUUGUGAUUGGCCAGAGGUCAGCCGUAGGUCCCAGUGUAAACUGCAAUAACCGAGGAAGGUUUGCCAACCCAAUACAUGACGACGAGAAUCCUCGAUACGCCACCCUUUGCGAAUAGACAAUUCAACUCUAUCGGAGGAGAUUGCACAGCAUUUCUUUCCUGUCAAUUGUCUGACCACAGCUCCAACUAAACAUUGCGAAGUUUGACUGUCCUUCUCCUCCGGUCCCAAUCGCAAUUGUACUUCCUCGAUUCGAUUAUUCGACAAGAUGGCUGCUCUUCGAUCUUCUUCCCGACUUGUCGGAGCCUUCUCAAGGACGGCCGCUUUCCGACCUGGUGCUGUCUUCACUCGUUCUAUGGCCUCAGUCAGCGAGCCUCCCAAGGACUCUGAUGCCAACCUCAAGUCUUUCCAAAUCUACCGAUGGAACCCCGAUACCCCCAGCGAGAAGCCUCGUCUUCAGACCUACACUCUGGACCUCAACAAGACUGGACCUAUGAUUCUUGAUGCCCUCAUCCGAAUCAAGAACGAGCUCGACCCUACUCUGACCUUCCGACGAAGUUGCCGUGAGGGUAUCUGCGGUAGCUGCGCUAUGAACAUCAACGGACAGAACACUCUUGCUUGCUUGUGCCGAAUUCCCACUGAGGCUGCUUCCGACGUCAAGAUCUACCCUCUUCCUCACACCUAUGUCGUCAAGGACCUUGUCCCUGAUUUGACACAUUUCUACAAGCAGUACAAGAGCAUUAAGCCCUACCUUCAGCGCGAUACCCCUGCCGAAGACGGCAAGGAGUACCGACAGACUAAGGAGGACCGCCGUAAGCUCGAUGGUCUCUACGAGUGCAUUCUCUGCGCCUGCUGCUCUACCUCAUGCCCAUCUUACUGGUGGAACUCUGAGGAGUACCUUGGCCCCGCUAUCCUUCUCCAGUCUUACCGAUGGCUCGCCGACUCUCGUGACGAGCGCACUGCCGAGCGAAAGACCAACCUCGAGAACUCGAUGAGCCUGUACCGUUGCCACACCAUUCUUAACUGUACACGAGCCUGUCCCAAGGGUCUUAACCCUGGCAAGGCCAUUGCCGAGAUCAAGAAGCAGAUGGCUUUCGGCAACUAGAUUAACAAAACUACGAAUAUGUCGCGAAAACGAUGUGACGAUUGGAGGGAGAAGCGAAGCAUUUAAAGGGUUGUCGCAGAGCAAAAUCUGCGUAUGAGAUUAUUAGCACUUUAACCCUGUGUAUAGGCUAUGGAUGGGAGUUCCACGCUGUGUUCUAUAGCAAACUUGGCAAUAUUAUUUUCUUGAUCGUUCACCCCUGGUUCCUGUACUGUUAUCAAGCUUCUUGUGUUCGUUCGGGCAUGAUUCUGUAAACUGACUUUAGCUACGCUCGCCAGCCCGACCUUACGAUACCGUACUCUCAAGCGCCUCGAAAAGCCUGCCCGUGUUUAAGAAAGAGCACCAUAUACAGACCAAUUGAGACUUAAGAACUCGGAAAAUUGCUCGGCAGCUGCGAUUCUGACCCUCCGCCCUGGCUGGCUCAGUUGCAAUCGCCGAUCGAGCCCCUGCUGAAUUGUCUUCAAGCAAGGGCCAUGCUGAACGUCGAUACUUUCAAUGCGCCCUUAAUCCUCGAGCUUCGAGUCGAAACUAUCAUUCUUCCUGAACUGGUUUCCCCCCUUCACACGACCUCUUGGCCUUCUCACCACUUAUACAACACGAGUCUGUGGCAUGAAGACAGCGAGUGCUGAUCCCCAAUGAUCGACAUACGUGACAUGAUCACCAAACAAUGCUACGAGACACAUUCCGUUAGCUCACAAGGAUGAGAAAGACCGACAGUUUUCACAUGAAUUGGAGUAGGGGGUUGGUUGAAGCAGUGUACAGUACCUGCAGAGUGGCUUCGGGACGGUUUAGAGUGGCUUUUAAUGAUGGAACAACUUCAUACAAAAUGAGUAUUUAGAGCAAGUGGAUCAAGUUUUGUACCGGGAUAUCCAAUAUGUGGCUUCGGAGAAUUUUCAGACGUGAAUCGUAACUAUAAUAGCCAGAAGCUUGUCUGAACCUUGCUUCCGUUCUUUUGACAGGUGCACGACUGUGGC